UGUAAUAAUGGGACCAAAAGCCGAGGGUGACCGGUUUAAAGAAGAAGAAGAAUAAAUAAAAGGAGAUAUGGAAGGACACUGAAAGCAUGGGCGGAGUAGGUGGAGUUGCAGGAUCCAUGAAACUCAAACGAGUUGCUCGGAAACUGUUUCACACUUGCGGCUCCUUAUCUUUCCGCCGAUCUCCUAACCACCACCACCACUCUGCCGCCCCCCCUUCCCCCGCCGAACUAGUAUCAGGUUCUUCGGUUUAUGAUUCUAUGGAAUGCCAUUUUGAUCCGGCGCUGAACUCAGAUCCGGUGAAUUUGUCUUCGAAGACCAUGUGUGCAAUUUGUCUUGAAGCUCUGAACUACAGCACAUGCACCACUCCAGGCCAGGCUAUAUUUACAGCUCAAUGCUCUCAUGCUUUCCAUUUCGAUUGUAUCGCGUCCAAUGUCCGUCAUGGUGGGGUCACCUGUCCUAUAUGUCGUGCAGAAUGGACUCACCUGCCCCGCAACUUAAAAAUCCCGCCUUGCAGUUAUCUCUAUGGCAACCAGACCGCUGACCCGAUUCUCCAAAUCCUUGAUGACUCGAUCGCCACUUUCAGAGUACAAAGACGUUCAAUCCUACGGUCAGCCCGUUAUGAUGACGAUGACCCGAUUGAACCGGGUCACAAUGUUGACCAUCAACGUCUUCAUCUCUCCAUUUUUACCGAACCACCUGGACCGUCUUCUUCAGAGCCGGGUCUCAGACUCUGUGUAAGAGUAGCGCAUCAACCAGCUAUCGAUUUGGUAUUAGUCGCGUGCCCCAACGGGCCUCACCUUAGGCUUAUAAAACAGUCUAUGUCAUUGGUCGUUUUUUCACUUCGACCAAUUGACCGUUUAGCGGUUGUCACAUACUCAUCUGCUGCAGCGCGUGUCUUCCCUCUCAGGCGAAUGACAUCAUACGGCAAACGCGCAGCACUCCAGGUAAUCGACCGCCUGUUUUACAUGGGGCAAGCUGACCCUGUUGAGGGGCUAAAGAAAGGGGUAAAGGUUUUAAUGGAUCGCGCGUAUGAAAACCCGCAAUCGUGUAUCCUACAUCUGUCAGACAACCCAACAAGAUCAUACCAGGAUGGGUUCGACACAGAAGUGCCGAUCCAGAUCCACCGGUUUCACGUCGGGUAUAGUUUCGGGACUUCAAACGGGUUCGUGAUGCAUGAAUUUGAGGAGUUUUUAUGUAGAAUAUUGGGAGAUAAAAUAAGAGACAUUCAGCUGAGGAUUAGAGAAGAUGGAAGAAUAGUGGGACUUGGUGAACUUAGAAGUGGGGAGGAAAGGCGACUCCCAUUGAACGUUAAAAGCGAAGGUGGGAACGUUAAUAUUCGCGUGGAGUACAGCUAUGUGGAAGAUGGGGUGCGGGCGUGUGUGAGAACAGGAGAAGUGAUGGCGGCGUUAGGGGAUAAAAGAGAGGCGGGAGUUAAUGGUGGGUGCGGAGAAGAUGGUAGGAGCAGUAAUGCGGGAAACUGGGAUUACCAUGACCCGUAUAUGGCUAGAAGAUGGGCUAAGCAUUUGCAUGCGUAUAGACUAUGAAAACUCAAGGUCUGCUAUUGAAUAUUUGAUUAUGUUCGUUUGUGAAUUGUCAUUUAACAGGGCGUUUGAUACAAAACCAAUAAUAAGUAGAGAAAUGUAAAAACCGCAUAAACAUAUAUCUGGUGAGUACUAUGUACAAGUGUUUAUGUGGUUACCGCAGUUCUCGACUUACAGUUUGGUUCUGUAUUGAAUGCGCGCGCCAUUGUUUGUUGUAUAGGUAGUGUCCUUCAUUUGUGUAUUGUUUUAACCGGAACUUUGAUCUGUCAAAAAUGACAGGCAUUCCUUGUAAAACAAGGAGGAAAUAGACCAGAGCUUUGUGUGGUUUUGUCUUCAUGACAUUUGAUUAUGCAUCUAUAUAUUUUAAAA